UGUGUGACACCGCGGCGUCCCCAGCAAAACAAACCGACGAGAGAUUUAAUGAAUGAAGGAAAUGUGAGCUAACAGGCUAACAGUUAGCAUCUUCUCUACCCAGCAGCAGCAGUUGUAAAGUAACUAAUUUACUCAAGUACUGUACUUAGGUACACAUUUGAGGUACUUGUACUUUACCUCAGUAUUUUAAUUUGUUUCUACUGUGUACUUCUACUCCACUACAGUUCAGAGGAUGCAGGCAGAGUUCAGGGCUCCUCGGAGGCGUCCCAGGGUCCACGAGGCGUUCGAGGCUCCGCUCCCGGUGAACUCUGAGAGGAGUGAAUAUCGGGCGGAGCUCAUCAACCAAAACCUGCUGGUCGUUAACCCGGAGCACAUCAAGAAGAUCCACAACCAGGGUUUCUUUGGGAAAGGCGUCCUCUCCAGAGCCAGGCCAGACUACAGCAUCUCUGACCAAUGGGAGCAACACGAAGGGUUUCUCCUACCUGUCGUCUCAACGUCCAGGUAUGAUGAGCUCCUCAGGUGGGCGGGGGCUUCUCUCUCUGCUCAGGGAUUGGAUGAAGCAGCUGUCAGUCAGACCCUGCUGAGUGUCUCUCAGCCGGUAGAGAUGGAGGAUGUGAGACGAGAGCAGACACAAGACUCUGGAUCUGGAUCUGAAUCAGAUCCAGAUCCAGAUCCGGGUCCUGGUUUUGUGCUGGUGGUCUCUGACAGUGAGGUGUCUCAGGGGCUCAGGGAGGUGCGGAGGUCCCCCCUCUCUCUCACAGAGUACCUGCAGCUCAGUCUGGAGGAGGCCUUCUUCCUGGUCUACAGUCUGGGCUGCCUGUCUGUCUACCUGCACCAGGAGCCCCUGUCAAUCAUCCAGCUGUGGAGGAAGUUCCGCUCGCUGCGGCCAGACUUCGUCAGCUCGUUCUCAGCCUAUCAGCACCUCAGGAGCAAAGGGUGGGUCCCCAAAGAAGGGGGCGGAGCCAAGUACGGCGUGGACCUCAUGUUGUACAGGAAAGGACCUCCUUUCUACCAUGCCAGUUACUCUGUGGUGAUCGAGCGGGUUGAUGGUGCCUUCAGGGGCUCGGCGUUACGUCCGUUUUCAUGGCGUUCUCUCGCAGCUCUGAGCAGGAUCACAGCCAACGUCUCCAAGGAGCUGAUGCUGUGUUACAUCAUCUAUCCUGCCGGCCUAUCAGAAGCCGAGCUGGACUCACCUGUGUGUCUGAGCAGACUCAGUGUUCAGGAAGUGAUCGUCAGCAGGUGGGUGUCCUCCAAAGAGCGAACGGAGCAGGAAGACAUCUGAUUGGCCGACGCAAGGUGAUGUCACUGUGUGAUGUCACAAAGAGACUCAUGACUUCAGCCAGAAGAGGCUUAAAUAUAUUUGUACCUUUUUUUUGUAUUAAAGUGUCAAAAACAUGAUGACUUUGAAAGAUGAGUGUCCCUGAAAGCAGCACAGGUCCUCACAAGGACUCAAUGACCAGGGAGUGUGUGAGUGUCCCUGAAUACAGCACAGGUUCUCACAAGGACUCAAAGACCAGAAAGUGUGUGAGUGUCCCUGAAUGCAGCACAGGUUCUCACAGGUUCUCACAAGGACUCAAUGACCAGGGAGUGUGUGAGUGUCCCUGAAUGCAGCACAGGUUCUCACAAGGACUCAAAGACCAGAAAGUGUGUGAGUGUCCCUGAAUGCAGCACAGGUUCUCACAGGUUCUCACAGGUUCUCACAAGGACUCAAAGACCAGAAAGUGUGUGUGUCCCUGAAUACUGCACAGGUUCUCACAGGUUCUCACAAGGACUCAAUGACCAGAAAGUGUGUGAGUGUCCCUGAAUACAGCACAGGUUCUCACAAGGACUCAAAGACCAGAAAGUGUGAGUGUCCCUGAAUGCAGCACAGGUUCUCACAGGUUCUCACAAGGACUCAAAGACCAGAAAGUGUGUGAGUGUCCCUGAAUACUGCACAGGUUCUCACAGGUUCUCACAAGGACUCAAUGACCAGGGAGUGUGUGAGUGUCCCUGAAUGCAGCACAGGUUCUCACAGGUUCUCACAAGGACUCAAAGACCAGAAAGUGUGUGAGUGUCCCUGAAUACAGCACAGGUUCUCACAAGGACUCAAAGACCAGAAAGUGUGUGAGUGUCCCUGAAUGCAGCACAGGUUCUCACAAGGACUCAAUGACCAGAAAGUGUGUGAGUAGUCCUGAAUGCAGCAUGAAUACCACAUUGAGUCACGGAGUGUAAUGGCGCGUUUCCACUACAGCGCGGAGCACGGUUUAAGAGGGCUGUGA